GCUUGCGAGAUAGUCUCCGUUAUAUCCAAACUUCUCAGCAGUCUACUGAUCGGUGUUUUUCCGUCAUUCUGAUCAUUAUCAAUUUUUUUAUUGUUGUCAUUAAAACUUUUUCGACUGUCCUAUUUAUGUUCAGAAUAAUAUCGCAAAGUGUAGCUUAGUAACGUCUCGCCCGCGCUUAACUAAACCUGUUGUGCCCGCUGUCAUCAUGGGUCCAGUCCUAAGUCAACCGACAUUGUCAUUACCGUUUUUUGUUUUACUGUUAAUCACGUCAACAGUACUUCAAUCAAAAUUCACUCUAGCGCAAAUCGAUACACAAUCUGAAGUUACAACUCCUAUAAAUUUGCAAGAACUUAUUGAUGAAGUAUUUUAUCCACCUCCAGAAUCAUCAUCAUUAUCACCUAAUAAUGAUUUUGAUUCUACAACUGAACAAGGACAGUGUACAUGUGUACCAUAUUAUUUAUGCACAAACAAUCAGACAAUUAAUACAGAUGGUACAGGAUUAAUUGACAUAAGAUUUAAAGAUGGCCCUUGCACAAAUUACAUGGAAAUGUGUUGCAACCAUCCUAUGGAUAUAAACGACUAUACAACACAAUCUCCAUCUAAGUAUAAAGAAACAUACAAAGGCUGUGGCCACUGGAAUUCUGACGGAAUAGGAUUCAGAAUAACUGGCCACACUAACAACGAAGCCCAAUUCGCAGAGUUUCCAUGGAUGAUGGCCAUUUUUACAGAAGAUAACUCAAACUUUAAAUUUUUGUGCGGUGGAUCAUUGAUUCAUCCAAGUGUUGUAUUAACAACAUAUCACUGUUUACAAAAGUUUAUUAAUGAUCAAGGUAAAUUAGUGAUACGAGCAGGUGAAUGGGAUACUCAAACUGAGUUGGAAAAUUUUCGUCAUCAAGAUAGAUUUGUUAAAAAGAUAAUUCGUCACGAAAAAUAUUAUGGUGGAGCUCUUCAUAAUGAUGUCGCUUUAGUAAUUGUUAAUGAACCAUUCGUAUUGAUGGAUAAUGUCGGUACAAUGUGUUUACCACCGCAAAAUUUCGUUUUUAAUCAAGAAAAGUGCUAUGCUAGCGGGUGGGGUACUGAUGUCUUUGGUAAAACUGGUGUUUAUCAGAUUAUCUUAAAAAAGAUCGUUUUACCGAUCGUACCGAAGCAUCCUUGCGAGGCAGCUUUAAAACGCACUCGUCUUGGACAGGGUUUCAAGUUGCACGAAAGUUUUAUUUGUGCAGGUGGAGAGUCUGGAAAAGAUACAUGCAAAGGUGAUGGUGGUAGUCCAUUGAUGUGUCCUACGCCUGAAAAUCAUGAAAAAUUCCAUCAAGCUGGAAUGGUUGCAUGGGGAAUAGGUUGUGGCGAAGAUGGAACUCCUGGAGUUUAUGUCAACGUCCCCUUAUUUAGAAAUUGGAUCGAUAAACAAAUGCGUGAACAUGGUUUUGAAACAAUAUACUAUGACGCCUAUUAUAGUGGAAAUUAUGUGUAAAUUUUUACGUUACACUAAAAAAUCAGCUCGAAAUACUAUGAUAUUGAUGUUGAUUAAAUAAAAUUAUUUAAGUUUCUACAGUA